CCUGUAGAGAUCUAGUAUCACAUUCGAAGUUCUGGUGUAGUUUUAGGAGAUCUUUCCCAUGCAAUCUUUGAAUUACGAACCCAAUAUUCCGGCAAAACAGUUCACAGCAUUGCAUCACACAAUGUUACACAACUGACCUUUUCUUAGGAGCGUUCUCAUUUUUAUAAAGAAUGCACGAUAUGGAUUGUCGUAGUUCGUAUUUCGGUAUCCUGUCGUGUGUUGCCUACUGCCGCGUGGUUCACCUGUUCUAGCGCUAGUGCGCUACAGUUUCGUUAUACGCAGUGACCAGCUACAAACAAGCAUCGUGCCACUUUUGUGACGAAAAUAAAAGGGGGAGGGCUAAUUACAUCUUACACAGCUAUCUAACAUCCACGCUGUGUUGACUAGAAAUGUGAUAGUUGCCGGAUGUGUGCACUCGUGUGUGGGAAAGUGAAAGCAACGCAAAGAAAAUGCGACAUGACACGGAAAAGAAAUAUAGUAUUGUGCUUGGGUGGUGCUCUAUCGUUUUCAGCAGGGCUACAUACAUUCGAGUGAUUUGUUUCAAAUGAGUGAAACAUCUGAAAAAAUGACAGUUGGAUGUGCUAAAGCUACGAAGCGGGUUAUGCAGUACAGUGAAAUAACUUAAUAUAUAGUGUACGCGUUGCUCCAAGCAUGGCUAUUUACGAUAAUAAACACUGGCUACUGUCUCAUAUACGAAACUCCUUCAUAAUAUCCGAUGAUACAGGGAUAAGUGAAAUGGCAAUGCUUGGUGAAGAUAUUCCAAAAACCAUGGCUGAACUGUCAAGGCUUGAGUGUUAUCCAGGACUGGACAUGAGUGACGAGGAAGAUGAUAUGGAUUCAUUUGGACAGUCUUUCGACAUCAAAUCAGAUAUUGGGUUUGGAAUUCAUCGGCAGCGCUCGAACACGGCGCAGCACUUAGAGAGAAUGAAUCAGGAGAGGAAAAGGGCUGCAGGAAUAAAGCACAUUAAGUGGGAAUCAAACCCAAAUGUGUUAUCAAGUGAAGAGAGAGCAGCCCUUUUUGAAAGAAAGGAUUUUCGAAGGAGGAAUACCAUUCCUAGUGGCAAAGUCCAGUCUCUGUUAGCUGAUCAAUUGGAGAAGUAUCCCAAUCUGCCGCCAAAUCCUUUCCAAGACUAUGCCAAAUAUGAUGGAACAGCUCAGGUUGGGAUGUCCAAAAGAUCAUAUGGUAUCUUUUUAACUAUGUUACCAGAAGAGCAAAGGAAUUAUCCAAUGCAUGUUGUUGUACUGGCAAAUGCAAAAGUGCAAGACCUUAUUGGGCUGAUAUGCUGGAAAGUGACACAAGAAUAUGGCGUGAACAAGCUGAAGGACAAUGUUGCUUACUAUGGCCUUUAUAUUGCUGAAGAUGAUGGAGAAGUUGAUUGGUACUUCCCUUGUAUUGAUCCACGAGAGACUGUUGGAAAGUUUACGUUUGCAUACUUGGCCCUUGUUGAACUCAAAGAAGCAGUGAAGCAAGUAGACAACUCCAAAGAUGAGAGGUAUUCUGCUGAAAUUUCAGGAAACACAGAGAGUGGGACAAGGCCUAAAGUAUUGUCACAAGAUGCUGAAGAUUGUCAGAGAAUGAGAAACCAUAUGACAGCUAUGGAAGCACCAUUGUAUCAAUCAUAUCGUUUGUACAUCAUCAACAAACUGACAAAGACAGAAAUUCUUCUAGGAAUAUCUGGAGAGAAAGUAGAGAUUGACCCAGUUGUACAGCAGAAAGUGGCAUCAAAAUUCUGGGGACGACAGAAAGCUGUAAGCUAUGAUAUGGACAAUGUAGCUGCUUGUGACCUCACAGACACAAAAUCCGGUGGCCGUGCAACAUUUCGUCUUGUAUAUCACCAUGCACCAUCAGCUGAGCAAAAUCAGCCUGCAGCAGCCAGUUAUAAGCACCAUGAUUUUGAAGCUGAUCAUGCAACAGCUGAUGAAAUUGUGCAGAAAGUCAAUCAUAUUUUGGAAUUAAGAUCUAGUGUACGGAGGAAAGAAUACCUCACUUUGCGGGAAAGGAAGUCUCACAGGCGGAAGAGUUUCCAUCUUGGACCAAGAUGAUUACUAGAGUUAGUACUUAGGUAUUUUGGUGAUACAGAUAAGUUAUGUCUUCAGUCUUGUUUAGCUGUUAAUCAUUCCUAAGUACCCAUGGAACCAGACAGUUACUGUUAGGAUAAUCUGAUGAGUAUUAUGUUGUAAUGUUCCUUUGGAAGUUCUCUUCCUUUUAACAAGAAUAGUAUUUUCAUGAAUGUGCCUGUUGACUCGGUCAAGUACUAAAUACUACUGGUUCUGGACCAUACAUUUUGUGCAUUAUGGACAUAUAAAUCUGCUAUAAAAUGUGUGAUGUGGUUUUUCAGCUUUUUCCAGUGUACUUCAUGUUGAAAUAGUUCAUGUGUGAACUAUUUUGAUACUAAUAAGUAUUUGUAAAAUAUGUUAAGAGUGAAAUAUUGUUACCUGGAUAAAGGGAACUUGUGUGAUUAUUUUGAAACAUUUUGUUGUUGUUUUACUAUUUCGUGUGACAGUACUUAAAUCCAUCAGUAUACCAUAGAUAAGUUUUGCUUUGUCUCAUUUGUUUUAGAAUUAGCAACUGUGUUUGCUGACAAUGCUUAAAUUUGAGAUUUUUCAAAAUACAGUACAGUUUUCUUUGAGUAGAGCUGCUCUUCGCUGGCUGAGUUUGUUAUCUAAUUUCAAUGUGUCCUUGCAAAACAUGAAUAUGUGAUGAUAUUUUUUUAAUAUUUUAUCUUCAAGUCUUAAGUGGGAGGGGAAGCAGUAAAAUGAUUGUAUAUUUGAUAGGCAAAUAAUAUGUCUAUUUAUUGGUAAUUAUAUAUAUAACUGUUAACAUUGAAAGGAAUGUUUUAAAGGACAUUAUGAGCAUGGUGCAAAUUUUACUUGUGUAGUAUAAUGUACUAUUCAGUUUUAGGGUUUAAUACUCUAUGAUCACAAAAUUAUCUAGUAACAAAUACAUGUAAUUAUUUCAUCUUAGCUGCUUUGUGAAUCCUGUUUCAGGAACUUUUAAGUGUGUUGUAUUUAAAGGAAAUAUGUGUGAAAUGUGGAAUACCCAUGACUUACAGAUAUUGCUACUCCCCCCCCCCCCCCCCCAUUUUAUUAAGUUUGUAUUAUAUGAAAUAUUAUAAAUAUAAUUUUUUGCUACUGCUGUUAUAGUUGUUAAUACUGUGUGUUAAUGUUAAUGUUGUUGUGUUCAGAGAGUUUUGUAUACAAUUUGAACUGUUACUAAAGUCAUUAAUUUAUUUAUAUAUAUGUAUUUGUUUAUUGAAAAUGCAGAAAAUACAAAUUAUUACUUAAUAUUCAUAACAGUGCCUAAACAAUCAGAAACUAUAAUGCACUGAGAAGAUUAAUGGUGUAAGAAAAGCACCAGUCGCAGGGGAAAGUUACUCUUUAGGUUGGCUAGACGUAGUAUGCCAGGCUAAUAGCAGACAAAUCAGUGAAAUCUGUUCUUGCAGUGUAAGUGUACUCCAUUUGUUUAUUUUACUCUAAAUUGUCUUACAUUUUUAAGAGAUGUGUUAAAUGAAAAGAGAUUUUAUAUUGUUUCACAAUGUACUUAUUGCAUAAACUGACAUCAGUUGAUUGCAAUUGUUCAGUGUAGUUGUCAUAAACUUAGUGCUUCUAUGCCAGCUUUACAUAAUAAUCACAUGUAUGCUGCAGGAAAUAAAAUUUUCCAAUCCAGUAUACAUUUAUUUAGAAUAACUUCAUCAUGUUUCUGCUUUUAAUUGUUUUGUUUGGUAACCCACAAGGUAUGAAAAUCUGAUUCUAAGAGAUCUGGUGAGUGUGUGGGCAGAGGGAACAUGAUAAACUGAAACAACUAAUGCCAGUUAACUUGUUGUUCUAACACUACCAACAUCUUGUUUUGGAGAAACAUUUUACUGUCAUCAUACCAAAUAUUUCUUUAGAAGUUCCAGGUUUUGUAAGUGAUGCUAAACACUCUGCACCUUUUUCUCUUAUAGCAUGGCCUUGUGUGCAGCCAGAAAAAAGUUAAUAUGGUUUGGUCUACUGAUGAUACUAUCAUAUUAUCAUCACCAUCAUCAUCAUAAUCAUCAUCUAGGUAUCUCUUAAUAUCAGAAACAGUCUAGUGUGAAAGUGCUUAAUCUUUCAUCUAAUACAAAGGGCAAGUAUGGAUAGGUUUUGGUUAAGUUAAGGAAAAUAUGGUUUAUGCAAUCUUUUUGAAACAAGCUGAAUUGGAUGAUGUAAUGGCUGAGCUAACAUUGUUGUCAAAUAAUGAUCGAUCCUCCUUAACACUGAGUUAAUUGUUUUCCUGUAUCAUUUUGUCAGAAGUUCUUUCCCAGAUUAUGACGUGGGAAGUUUUCAGUGUUAGGAUCAGCUUUCAAACUCGGUGCUUUCUUUUUCAUUUCUUUACCUGUCGUCACACAGUUCCGCAUCUGCGACUGUCAUUUUUCAUUAUUUCACAUUGACAUUUAUUAAUUUGCAGCAAUUACAAUUCUUCAUGUCCCCAAGGUUGUUUCUUGUCCAAUAUGAGUCCAGCAAUUGUUGCAAAUGACCUGAAAACUGGAAAUAAAGAAAAGAAUCACUGUGGAAGUAUACAUGAAUGCUUUAGGCGAUUCUGCUUCCAUGAAAAAAAAAGUUUAUUUUAAUAGUGAAUCAAAUUUAUUUCUGAACACAAGGAGAGAUAGCAAAAUACUUGCAUAGAGAAAAGGUAAAAUCUGUGGCACAAGCAUGCGACCUGGCUAUUGAUCUGACUGCAGGGAGAGUUCAGUCUUUCUUUGCCAUAGCACUAGGAGGGGGAGGGUGGCAGGCCCAUUGCACCAGCCACCUUCUAACCCUCAAACGGAUCCCCCAGUACUCAUUUGAUAGCAGACUGAGUGGAGCCGGGGUCAUCGUGGAGAAAGUGGAAUGAGGAAAAAUCCCCACCUCUAUCCGGGAAUGAACUCGGGACCCCCAGAGCCACUAGACAAUCACAGCAUCAAGUACUUGCAUACUGUUUGUUCAAUAUUAAUUGAGCAGUGGUGGUGGCGGUCUUUUAUAUUAUGGUAUAGCAAAUUUUUUGUUGUUUAAUCCAGAAUGCAUAUAUGUUACCAGAUCAUCAAUAUUGUUGAGCAGACUGUUUGUACAGUCUCCCACUGUGUCAGCAGAAUGUAUUUUUACCUCCUAAAAGUCAACCCAUCUUCAUCCAUUUACCCAUGACAAUAAGAAUUUGUAAUACACAUUAGCUAAUUUUUGUGUGAAGUAAAACAAUAUUGUAAAAUAGUCAUUUCAAGCAGAGAAUUCUAAACUUCAUUUAACAAUAAAAUGAAAUGUAAAAUUCA